AGAGCGGGCGCUCAUCGCCACGGAUUGCUGCCGAAUCGGGCCAGGAAGUAAGGGCCUGUCAGCAAUAAAUACAAAAGCCACAACGAAAGCCAAUUGAAACCUGUGGCCACUUGUCACACACAUAACCCGAAGUGCCAGUGACAGUUGUUCCUAUAUUCUUGGCAUCUGUCUCGAGUGGUGAAAGUAAAAAAGGAAAUACAAGUAAAUUUAUAUGUAUAAAAGGAAAAGGAGAAAAACCGGCUGGACAUUGGAAGUCGCGUGUGCGUGUUUCGAUUUUGCGGCACUACAAAAACCGAUACGAAACUCCAUUUAUGACCGCCGUAAGUCGUAAGCUCUGAGUUGUAGGUCGUCUUGUACGUGUUUACGUUAUACUUUAUAUCAAAAAAGGAAAAACAAGAAAACGAAGGAGAAACGUGCGGCAAAGUGCGGGAAACUUCUUCCCGGAGUGGGUAAAGAAAUCAAAAAGAAAUUCCAUUUUAACAAAUCGAUUUCGGGUGUUCUUUUUUAUAUACGAGUGCGGACAGCAAUAUAAAUAGAGCCGCGUUCGCUGGCCUAAUGACAAAUUAAAUUGUUGGCACACACCCAAAAAAGUAGCUGAAACGAGAAUUUCCCGGCAGCAAGGCAUUAAAAAAUUACGAACCGCGCGUGUUAAAAGUUUGAGCUGUUAUCAACCAAAACCGAAACAACAACAGCAAAGACAACAUUAACAAUAAACUGCGAUAAAAGCAACAGCAAAAUCGGGAAAAGUUUCCUUAUUUUGGAGGGGAAAGGAGGGACACGUCAAGGGGCACAGGCAAAUCAGGAAGGACAAUGAAGGCGUCGCGGCCCGCGGGCUCAUCCUGCUCCAGGACCUGUUCCCGCCACCAUCAUACCGCUCCUCGUCAGCGGCGGACGUAGGGCGCGUGUCGAGCAACUCCCGUGUCGCCGACAGUUGCGCGCUUGAGUGCCGAAUCGACUUUUUGUCAUUGCCAACAGUUCGAACAUCGCAGAGAUCCAAAGUUGAAGGAGGAGGACGAAAAGCCAUCUGUGCAGGAGGACUGGGAAAUGGAGUGGAGCAGCCCGGUUGGCAAAUACUCGGAGCACUGCGGAGCAACUGAAGAGGCAACUACCAGGACGAUGACGGUGAACUUCGGCAGACUUGUUUGCAUUGCAGAUUGCAAUUACGCGCGUUUUAAAUUACGCACAGCGAAAGCCGGGGAAAAGAUAAACCACAGGCUCACAGGUAGACACGAAAAAGCAUUGGGGAAGCAACUUGAAUGAGCUGCGCUUCAAUCGGGCUGCGAAAUUGAAGAGAUGUCAGGGGUCAACGUGGCCGACCUUCUGGCCACGACAAUGACAUUGCCCAUAACAGCCGCAUCAACAGCAGCAGCAACAUUAGUUGCAGUUACAACAGCAGCACCAACGAACGGCAGCAGCGGCAACCUGCAGCCUGCAACAUUAACUAGCCACAUUGCCACAGCAGCAACAACAACGUCGACCAGUUUGCCUUUAACAUCGCAAUUUGUGGAUGCCUCGUUGACUUCGCUAUCACUGACAGCCACCUCGUCGUCCUUUUCGUCCUCUGAGUCCCCCUUCGAGUUCUCCGCCACAGUGGGGCCCAAUCUCACGGCCUCCAAUGGCAGUGAGCUGGCCGUGGACAUCCCCCAGGAGCUGGAGGAGAGCUGGCUGGACCUAUCGCUGCUGCUGCUCAAAGGAUUCAUCUUCUCGUCAAUUAUCCUGGCCGCCGUCCUGGGCAAUGCGUUGGUCAUCAUCUCAGUGCAGCGCAAUCGAAAGCUGCGGGUGAUAACCAAUUACUUUGUUGUGUCGCUGGCGAUGGCCGACAUGCUGGUGGCCCUCUGUGCGAUGACAUUCAACGCCUCCGUGGAGCUUUCUGGUGGCAAGUGGAUGUUCGGACCGUUCAUGUGCAAUGUGUACAACAGCCUGGAUGUUUACUUUUCCACGGCCAGCAUUCUGCACCUGUGCUGCAUAUCGGUGGACAGAUACUACGCCAUCGUGCGUCCGCUGGAGUACCCAUUGAAUAUGACACACAAAACGGUGUGCUUCAUGCUGGCCAACGUAUGGAUCCUGCCCGCCCUCAUAUCCUUCACGCCCAUCUUCCUGGGCUGGUACACCACGGAGGAGCAUCUGCGGGAGGUGUCCCUGCAUCCCGACCAGUGCUCGUUUGUGGUCAACAAGGCCUACGCCCUCAUCUCCAGCUCGGUGAGCUUCUGGAUACCCGGCGUCGUGAUGCUGGUGAUGUACUGGCGCAUCUUUAAGGAGGCGAUACGGCAGCGCAAGGCCCUCAGUCGCACCAGCUCCAACAUCCUGCUGAACAGCGUCCACAUGGGCCACACCCAGCAGCCCACCAACCUGAGCUAUCUGCAUCCCAGCGACUGCGAUCUCAACGUGGCUUCCGCCCGCGAGGAGACGCACAGUGCCCUGAGCAACUUGGAGGACAUGCUGCAACCUGCCACCGACGAGGACGAUGACAGGGACGAGUGCGAUGAACUUCGAGUGCCGUCGCCGCCGCCACGCCGCCUCAGCCGCAGCAGCAUCGAUCUGCGGGACCUGGAGCAGGAGCGGUACGAGAAGGUCACCCACACGGACAGCGCCCCCUCGAUGAUGGCCCUGCAGCAGCAGCAGCCCACCCACAACCAGUUGCAGCCACCGGCGCCAGUGUUCAACCCGCAGAUAUGGACGGAGGGCAAGAUGAUGCCCUCCAAGGAGCCGGAGAAGGAUGAUCCCGGUCAUCCCACGGCGCCGCAGCAGCAGCUCAGCCUCACGAGCGGCAGUGGGAACAGCGAGCCGGAGCCGGAGUCCACAGCCUACCGGGUCUUUGGCCUCAACAGCGACGAGAGCGAGGGCAACGACCUGUAUGCGGACACGCACCUCCCGCUGGCCGAGGACAACAAGGAGCUGAAGCGCCUCAUCGAGGACAACUAUCUGUACUUCAAGCGGCAGACGGGCGGCACCAUCAUCAGUGGUCCUGGUGGCGGAAAAUACGCCGCCCUCAGCGAGACGGACUUCAUCCGGCUAAAAGCAGGAGCAGCAGCCUGUGGAAGAAGGGCCAUCGCCUCCAGCGACUCGGAGUUCCUGCGGACCAUCAGCGAAUCCCGGGCCAUGCCGGAGCCAUCGCCGCCCAGUGGCAAGGAGAAGGGCUUCAACAUUCUCUCCCUGCUGGCCAAGACGAAGCGCUCGAGUACCGAGUGCUUUGCGCUGGAGAAGAAGCGCCAGCAGGGCAACACGGGCUCCGAGGGAUCCAGCUUCUUCCGGCGCUCCCGGAACCGGAAGUUGUCCCACAGCUACAACGGAUGCGGCGGCGGCAAGGAACGCAAACUUGAGCGACGCCAGCGGCAGCACAGCGACACGGACUCCACGCCCAACAAGCCGGACAUCCUGCUGGACAUCAAUGUCCUCAGCGAGCAGUCAGGCGCCAGUGUGAUCCAGCAGUUCAGCGAUGGAGUGCAGCUGAUCGACUUUAGCGAGGUGAAGACUCCGCCGGAGCGGAGGCGCAGCGAUGAUGAGCUGGCCCAGCUGGCUGACUGCUUUGGGGAGUCUCCCCAGCAGCCGGCCACGCCACCGCCAUCGUUGUCUCCGCCAGAGUUGCCGGAACCGAGUGGCCUACUCAUCGCCAGCAGCUCGGAGCUGGCCGAGAUCUUUCGAUCCCUUAGUUUUCCGCUGGGCCGACCGGCUGGAGCUCCGCAACGUUUGAGCACGCUGAGCGACCAGGUGUGUGCUAACUAUCUGAUGUCCCCACCGAACACACCGGCUCCCACGGCCCUAUCAGUUCCCAAUGGCGCCACCAUGGACUCCACUUCCUCGGCCCACGCGCAGUCGGCGUCCAUCAAUGUGUACUUCCUGUCGCCGCCGCCGCAUGCCGCCGGACCCGGCUAUACGCCCAGUGACGCCUCUACCGUGUCCCUGGAUGUGGUGACCAGCCUGCCCAUGCCCGUGCCAGUGCCCCAGCCAAAUCCCCAGAUGCCCUCGCAGCCGAACAUAUCGCCCAAGCCGGAGAUCAUCCUGGACUCCACGCUUUCGCCCGUCGAAGGAUGUGGCGAUGAGCACCGGGAUGUCACGUCGCCGCUGUUCAAGCGCAAAGAUAGCGCCGGCGAGGCGGACGUGAGUGUUUCCGGCGGCCUGGGAGUGGGUGCGGGAGGGGGCAUGGGAGGAGGAGGCAAUGGACGCCAAGGACGAUGCAGCAUCCUGGCCGGCUACGAUGGUAUCCAGACCGUGCGCAAGCGACAGGCGUCCGUGGUGACCUACGACGUGAAUGUCAUCAACUUCUCGCAGGAUAACAGCGACAGUCGCAGCUACAUCCCCAUGGGCCGCGUUUCCACCAGCUCAGCAAAGCACGAAUUUUCCAAUAAAUCCUCGCUGAUCCGACGCGGCGGCAUCUGCAUCUUUGUGGAUGAGGAGGAGGCGGAGAUCAUUGAGCAGCGGCCCAGGGGCAUCACCUUCGCCGCGGUGCCCAGUCCGCUGCCCAAGUGUCCGCUCUGCGGCGCCGACAUCAGCAGCACCACCACCACCACAGCCACCGCAAACGCCGGCACCACAAUCGACACCACUGAAACCACCAAUGCAAGUGCAAGUGCAAGUGCAAGUGCAAGUGCAAAUGCAAGUGCUAGUAGUAAACGUAGUAUUCACGAGCCAACUCCCGAUCUCGGCCAGGGGCCCAGGUCCACCAGGUCGAGCUCCAGUUCCACUAGCUUCUGGCACAAACGAACGGCGGCGGUCACAGCAUGUUGGCAGCAGAGCAAGAACCGGAAGCGCCGCUUCAAGACCGGAUGCAGUCACUGUGGUGCAACCGGCGGCUCCGUGCGACCGGCCAAAGGAUGGAAGGCCGAACACAAGGCCGCCCGCACCCUGGGCAUCAUCAUGGGCGUCUUCCUGCUCUGCUGGCUGCCCUUCUUUCUGUGGUAUGUCAUCACUUCGCUCUGCGGUCCGGCCUGCCCCUGUCCCGAUGUGCUCGUCGUGGUGCUGUUCUGGAUCGGUUACUUCAACUCGACGCUGAAUCCGCUUAUAUAUGCCUACUUUAAUCGCGAUUUCCGCGAGGCAUUCCGCAACACGCUGGAGUGUGUGCUGCCCUGUCUGGAGAAACGCAAUCCCUACAACGCCUACUACGUCUAGACCGGAUAGCGUCUGCAGCCCAACAUCCCAACAUCCCAGCACCCCCUUCGAUGUGGAACAAUGCCCCUAUAAGUGAUAUUUAAUACUUGAGUGACUCGCUAUACCAGAGGAGGAAAAACAAUGGAAGGAAAAGCAAGCGGGCAACGGCCAUGCCAGAAGCAUUCGUGCCAGGAUCGAGCUGGCGAAUCCUUGGAGCUAAGCAAUACUCAAUGUGUGUUUAUGUAUACGUGUACAAUUUCGUUUAAGCAACGAUAAACGAUAGGGAAUUCAAAUUAAAGUUGUGUUCUGAGCCCGCCAAGCAGCUGUUGCUGGGUCUCUGCUGCCCGGAACCAUACUAUCCAUAUAUAAGUGUUGUUUGUCCAACUAAACAGGAGAUAUACGUAAAAGAUAUACAUAUGAAGGAAUAGAAACCAAUUAGAAAGCGCGCGACUUUAAGCACACAAAAAUUCCAGUUUCAAGUGAAAUGUUGUCAAAUGAGUUGUAAGAAGCAUGUAAGAUGCCUUCGGCUUGCCGGAGAUGAGACACUUUUUCCAUAGAUCACAAGGAAUCGAGUUGUGGAUACUACUUUCUGAGCAAGUUAUUAAUCUGCCUGUUGUUGAUCAUAUUUCAACAUAUACAGUGUUAGUUUCACUAAAAAGAAUCAUAAUUUUAUUAGAACGCCUUUCACUUACUACUGUUUUUUGAACUUUUCUUAUCAUCAGACUCCCUUUAAAAGCACCCAAAGUCGUGGAAAAAGUGCAAUGCCAUAAUCUUACCUCUAGCUUUAAGUAUCAUAUGUAACCUAGAAAACUAGCAAACCAAAUCUACAUAAUCGAGUUAAAUGAAAUUGAUAAUUAUAAAUUACGCAAUCGAAAUUAUGUAAAGAAAACAAAACCAGAGAAUGAAAGGGAAUUGUCUAGGUGACGUUAGGAAUUUUCAUGCAGAAAGACAAUCUACCAACAAGCAAACAAGAAUGAACUUCGAACAACCGAAAUUGGCAAGCCGUAGGAAAUCUCGCUGUUCGCCGUAAAAUCGAUUCACUUAUUUCAAUUUAGUUAGUUGGAUUCCCCUCUCUCCUGAGUUGCGUCGACUUUUGUGAUAGUAAAGGAAAUUGAUUGUAUUUCUAGAUGAAUUGGUUUGCGUUGAGCAAGUAUCGCAUCCCGUCUAAGAAUCUAUGAAUCUAAGCAUCUGUACGAUGUCUGUGCGUGUGUCUAGCUAUGUAAGGCCGUGUAUCGCUAUGUAUUUAAAUGUACUUGCUGAACUAAACUAUUGCAAAUUAAAGUGUGAAAACAACGUGUUUUAAGAGAUGUUUAAAAUCGAUGUUUAUAACGGUCGGACGGUCGGACGGACAUGGCUAGAUCGACUUGUCAACUUGAUCAAGAAUAUAUAAACUUUAUGGGGUCGGAAACGUUUCCUUCACUGCGUUCCAAAGUUCUGACUGAAAUCAUUAUACCCCCUGCAAUGGUAUAAAAAGUAUAUAUUAAAUUAUUCUUUAGUAAACAGUUUAUGUAGGUAAAGGGUCGAAGAAAACAGGCGCGACUUACAAAUCUAUUUGAUUUGAAUUAAAUUAACAUAAAAGACUUCAUGUCGAGAUAAAUUUGUGGGUUCGGAUCAUAUUGUAAAAAAAAUUGUUUGUGUCAAGACCGCAUUAAAAAAAGUUGACCAUUAAAAGGUGAUUUAGGAAAGUAAAACAACUUGAAAUGUUGUUCAAAUAUCGUCCCAAACCUAAAACAAUGUUAAAAGUUUCGUCAAAUUUUAAGGUCCGCCGAAAGAACCCUUUAAAUUUUCUAGGAUAAUUUGAAAAGUCGAUUCCGUAUUCCUUUUAUUUUGGUACAAAAGUUUUGAAAUAGAUUAAAUCCAGCAAAUCUAAGGACCGAGGUUGACAGUCAAACUUGACUCAUCGAAAUCUGUCUACCUCUGUACUCUUUAGAUUUAGCAUCAGAUACUAUUAUUUCCUGGA